AUGGCAGCGAUGCAGGCAGCGGCGCGCGUCCGCACGGCGUUUCUGGUCAACCUGGCCAUGGUGGUGGAAUCCGCCAAUGAGCAGAUACUUCCGGCGGUGUACCUUUUCGUGGGGUCCUCCCUCCACGCGACGCCGUCGCAGCUGGGCACGCUCACGCUCUGCCGCGCACUGGUGCAGACCCUGGCCUCCCCUCUCAGCGGCAUCCUCGGCGACAGGUCCGACCGGCGGCUCGUCCUGGCGGCCGGCGCCUUCAUCUGGGGCGUGAUGACGUCAGCGAUCGGCGCCUCCCACAGCCUCCACGCCGCCAUGGCCUUUGCCGCGGUCAACGGCCUCGGGCUCGCGCUGCUGGUCCCCUGCUGCCAGUCCCUGGUGGCGGACCUGCACCCGCCCGAGCGCCGCGGGCGCGCAUUCGGGCUGAUGCAGCUGACGGGGGCGAUCGGCGGGCUCGCGGGCAGCGUGUUUGCGACGAACAUGGGCGCGAGCGCGGCGCUGGCGGCGGCGGGGUGGGAGGGGUGGCGGGUGGCGUUCCACAUUGUGGCGGCAGUCAGCAUACUGACAGACCCCGCGCUGUCGCCGCUGCCGCAGCCGGCGCCGCCCCUGCCCUCCCCGCCGCCGCACCUGGAGCCGUCGGGCAUCCUUCCCAAAGUCGAGGCGGAGGCGCUCCUCGCGGCGCAGCACGCGCAGCCGCAGCAGCAGCACACGGCGCUCGCCGUGCCGUCGCUGCUGGGGCACCCCCACGCCUGGGAAGGCGAGGAGGCGCUCUCGACGGGGGCCGCCGGCCCGCACCACCUCGCGCACCUCCACCAGCAACAGCGGCGCGACGCGGCGGCGGCCGCCGGCGCGGCGCGCGGCGAUGGCAACGCCCCCACGUGGGACGGCGACGGCGGUGCUGGAGGCGGGAGCGGGUGGGAGGACGCAGAGGGUUCGGAGGAUGGCGCCUCGAAGAAGCGGCGGCGGUUCCGGCGCAAGGGCCUUGUCGCUGACAUCACCUGGGUCCUGAGGAUCCCCACCUUCCAGGCCAUCGUGCUGCAGGGGAUCGUGGGCUGCUUCCCCUGGCAGGCGGCCGUGUUCUUCACCCUCUGGCUGCAGCUGCAGGGCUUCAAGAGCUCAACAGCCAGCAUGAUCACCGCCACCUUUGGCGCGGGCGUCGCCAUGGGCGCCCUCCUGGGCGGCUUCAUCGGCGACCGCAUGGCACGGCGCCUUCCGGACUCUGGCCGCAUCUUCACGGCGCAAUUCAGCGUGGCCAGCGGCAUCCCCCUCACGUGGCUGCUGCUGAAGGGCAUCCCUUCCCAGGCGGCGCUGGCCACCGACCCGCGCGCCUACUCGGCGGUUCUCUUUGUACUGGGCCUCACCUGCACCUGGGCAGGGGCCGGCUGCAACUCCCCCAUUUUUGCAGAGAUCGUCCCCGAGGACAUGCGGUCGCUGGUGUACGCCUUUGACCGCUCCCUGGAGUCCUCCCUCGCAGCCUGCGCGGCGCCGGCAGUCGGCCUGCUGGCAGAGCGCGUGUGGGGCUUCACGGGCGCCGUGUCGCAGGACUCCAUGGAGGAUGGCGUGCUGCGCGCCAAGAACGCGGCCGCCCUGGGCAGCAGCCUGCUGGCCUGCAUGGCGCUGCCCUGGACUGCCUGCCUCUUCUUCUACACAGUGCUGCACUUCACAUACGUGAGCAACAUCAAAUUACAAAACAGCGGCACGGACUGCUUUGUGGCACUAGCUGGUGUUGACAUGUAG